AUGGAUUCUAAAUGGCAACCCUAUCAGGAUCCCCUGAUGGGUCGCCCCGCGCAGUUCAAUACCGGAUUGGCUGCUCAUCCCCAGCAGGCCUCGAAGUACGGUCAGCCACCGCAGUCACAGCCCCCCGUCGGAUACACCUACGAGAGUUUUCAAACUCCUGGCAACAACCCCAAGGCUCCUUCCACCGGCCGAAACUCCAAGCCAGUAUCUAUGGCGUCGUCUCCUACCGCCACGCCACGUAGUCGGGAUUAUGUCACCGAUACCGACACCAAUAUGGAGGACGCUGACCCCUACAACCGCGCCAAGUAUCCAUCCAGGCCAAACAAUCACACUCGCGCUUCAUCUCAAUUCCUUGCUCAGACCGAAGAGUCUUCGGCCGCUCGUAGGUACUCGCCGAUGAACGCUCUAUCGCCGCCCAUGUCAUACCCAACCAGCCCCGGGAAGCAGGGCUCCUACUUCUCGCCCUCUAACCAGUCGCGACGGUCGCCGGGCCGAGCGGGAGACUACUCGUCUCCGCCGCAAGGUUACCAAUCGCCGCCCUCGAACCGCGCCCCUAGACUUCCUCCUCUCCAGGCCUCCGAUCUCAGCCCCGACCAGUAUUUCCCAUCCUCCGCAGGCUCUCACCUGGGUAGCGCAUUUGCGCCCGAAUCUCGAUCCACGCGAUCCGGCUCCCUGCCGUCUCAAACCCCGGGCCGAGGUCCAGUCCCCAAGUUCCAGAAGAUCAAGUCGGUGCAGGAUCUCCACCCUCGGGUUCAUGCCCAACCGGCAUAUCGGCGUGCAAACCCUGAAGGAGGCUUCAUAAGUCCGCUCCAUGCCUUGACCAGUCACCUACCUGCGACCUACCGCAUCUGCAACCCGAACUUCAACUACGAGUCGUCCAGAAACCCGCGCCGUGUUCUUACUAAGCCAAGCAAGGGCACCAAAAACGAUGGCUAUGACAAUGAGGAUAGUGACUAUAUUCUCUAUGUGAACGACAUUCUCGGUAGCGAGGAAGCUGGCCACAAGAACCGUUAUCUUAUCCUCGAUGUAUUGGGUCAGGGCACCUUUGGUCAGGUCGUGAAAUGCCAGAACCUGAAAACACAAGAGGUUGUGGCGGUCAAGGUUAUCAAAAAUAAGACUGCCUACUUCAACCAGAGUAUGAUGGAAGUCUCUGUUUUGGAUCUGCUAAAUAGCAAAUACGACAAGAAUGACGACCACCACCUCCUUCGUUUGAAGGACACCUUCAUCCACCGCCAGCAUCUUUGUCUUGCAUUUGAAUUACUUAGCGUUAAUCUCUACGAACUUAUCAAGCAGAACCAGUUCCGAGGACUAAGCACAACUCUUGUUCGCGUCUUUGCCCAGCAGCUGCUGAAUGCCCUGAGUCUCUUGAGCAAGGCUCAUUUGAUCCACUGUGAUCUCAAACCAGAAAAUAUUCUCUUGAAGAAUCUUGAAAGUCCAAUUAUCAAGGUCAUUGACUUUGGCUCUGCAUGUGACGAGCGCCAAACUGUUUACACAUAUAUUCAAUCACGUUUCUACCGUUCGCCAGAAGUUCUUCUUGGUCUGCCAUAUUCAUCCGCCAUCGACAUGUGGUCUCUCGGGUGCAUUGUCGUCGAGCUCUUCUUAGGGUUGCCCUUAUUCCCAGGCUCUUCCGAAUACAACCAAAUCUCUCGGAUUGUCGAUAUGAUGGGCAUACCUCCGACCUGGAUGCUGGAGAACGGUAAACAGUCAGGCGAAUUUUUUGAGAAAACGCAAGAUGAAUAUGGUCGACAGGUCUACCGUCUCAAGACUUUGGAGCAAUACUCACGAGAGCAUAACACCAAGGAACAGCCCAGCAAGAAGUACUUCUCUGCCUCAACGUUGGAAGAGAUCAUCCGAAGCUACCCCAUGCCGAGGAAAAACAUGAAGCAAAACGAAGUUGAGCGAGAGUUGAACAACCGCGUUGCGUUUAUCGAUUUCGUGCGUGGUCUGCUGUCCAUCGAUCCCCUUGAGCGAUGGUCACCCCAGCAGGCCAAGCUACACCCGUUCAUUACCCAGCAGAAGUUCACUGGUCCAUUUGUCCCCCCAAUGAACUUGAAGUACUCAACUCUCAACAAGACCGUUGCGCCAGGCGUCCAGCAACAGCAGCAAGCAGAAGCCACCAGCAAGCAGAGAGCAGCUCAGGUGGCGCAGGCGCAGCAGUCUGUGCAAGCCCAAGCUGCGUACCCGAUGCAAAUGAACCCAUACCAACAGCACACCCCGACCCAUGCCCAGCCUCCUCCUCCUCCACCGCCACCCAUGUACAAUGGAAUGUAUCAGCAGCAGACCGGGGCACCUCCACCGCCUUACCCCACACAACCUCCAGGCUACUCGAGUCAUCAGAUGGGUAUGAUGCCAGGUCCAACUCCGGGUCAAAUUCCCCCACAACAACAACAACAACAGUAUGGUCAAGGACAGAGUUUGUACGCGCAGGCGACAACGAGGGCCGGUCGUCAACGUGCAUCAACCAUCGACCCGCAGGGUGGGGGCAUCCCUCCAACUAUCCAACGCGUGGCUAGCCACUUGGAUCCUAACGCCCCGAUCCGCUUACAACCUAGCCCUGCUUACUAUCCCCCUCCUCCUGAUGGUUAUGUAGACGCCAAUGCCCAGCGACGUCGCGGUAGCCGGGCUGGGGGAAGUAGCAACGGCAGUGGAAAUGGCAAUGGAAAUCAACGAAACCGAGACUUCAUUCGCACCCUUGAGGAUGGGGUGAUGGGCGAGUAUAUGGGCCAAAACCAGUGGCACUAA